GCAUUGAGAGAAGCUCAGCCCUGGUUGUUUGCCAUGGGCGGAUUUCUAGUCCACCCCCCUCCUCCUAAACACCCAGUCUGAGAAGCAGAAGCUGAGCUCCAGCAAGUGACAGACACGCCGGCUAAGCCACCAGUUGCUUAUCCGUGUAGAUAUGGCAGGAAAGGCUCACAGACUCAGUGGAGAGGAGCGAGAUCAGCUCCUGCCUAACCUGAGGGCAGUUGGGUGGAAUGAAUUGGAUGGCAGAGAUGCAAUUUGCAAAGAAUUCCAUUUCAAGGACUUCAACAGGGCUUUUGGAUUCAUGACCAGAGUUGCAUUACAAGCUGAAAAGUUAGAUCACCACCCUGAAUGGUUUAAUGUCUACAAUAAGGUUCAUAUCACCCUGAGCACUCAUGAAUGUGGAGGUCUUUCCGAGAGGGAUAUUAACCUGGCCAGUUUUAUUGAGCAAGUUGCAGCCACUCUGUCUUAACAAGAGGUGGCAGCACUGCCAUGCAACUAGAUGUCUAAACGAGGAAAAACUCAAGGACUUGACGUGUUCCUGAUGUGAAUAUGGAAAUAUCCAUUUAUUACUUGUGUCUUUUUCAAGCAUAAAAAAGUAGCAUUUCUUAAGAUGUACUGCUAACAAUUGAAACAUUGCAACUCUAAUGAUAAAAGCACUAAGUAAAACCUUAUUCACACAUCAGUGAUUUUCAUAAUUGAUUGUGAGCCAAAACCAGGAUUGGAGACUUCACAGAGAUAAGGUAUGAUCUAUACCAGUGUAUUACUGUAUUGCGGCGGCAGCAGGGAGCGC